AUUUCAAGAAACCAAGAAGGGCCAGGAGAAAUGGGAAAGGCUGUGCUGAUUCCUAAAGACGACCAGGAAAAAAUGAAAGAGCUGUUUAAAAUCAAUCAGUUUAACCUGAUGGCCAGUGAUUUGAUUGCCCUUAACAGAAGCCUACCAGAUGUACGAUUAGAAGGAUGCAAGACAAAAGUCUACCCUGAUGAACUUCCAAACACAAGUGUAGUCAUUGUGUUUCAUAAUGAAGCCUGGAGCACUCUCCUUAGAACAGUAUACAGUGUGAUAAAUCGUUCCCCACACUAUCUACUCUCUGAGGUCAUCUUGGUAGAUGAUGCCAGUGAAAGAGAUUUUCUCAAGUUGACAUUAGAAAAUUAUGUGAAAAAUUUAGAAGUGCCAGUAAAAAUUAUUAGGAUGGAAGAGCGCUCUGGGUUAAUACGUGCCCGCCUUCGAGGAGCAGCUGCUUCACAAGGGCAGGUCAUAACUUUUCUUGAUGCACACUGUGAAUGCACGUUGGGGUGGCUGGAGCCCUUGCUGGCAAGAAUAAAGGAAGACAGGAAAACAGUUGUAUGCCCUAUCAUCGAUGUGAUUAGUGAUGAUACCUUUGAAUAUAUGGCUGGGUCAGACAUGACUUAUGGAGGUUUUAACUGGAAACUGAAUUUCCGUUGGUAUCCUGUUCCCCAAAGAGAAAUGGAUAGGAGGAAAGGAGACAGAACAUUACCUGUCAGGACCCCUACUAUGGCUGGUGGCCUAUUUUCUAUUGACAGAAACUACUUUGAAGAGAUAGGAACUUACGAUGCAGGAAUGGAUAUCUGGGGUGGAGAGAAUCUUGAAAUGUCUUUUAGGAUUUGGCAAUGUGGAGGCUCAUUGGAGAUUGUGACUUGCUCCCACGUUGGUCAUGUUUUUCGGAAGGCAACUCCGUACACUUUCCCUGGUGGCACCGGUCAUGUCAUCAACAAGAACAACAGGAGACUGGCAGAAGUUUGGAUGGAUGAAUUUAAAGACUUCUUCUAUAUCAUAUCCCCAGGUGUUGUCAAAGUGGAUUAUGGAGAUGUGUCAGUCAGAAAAACACUAAGAGAAAAUCUGAAGUGUAAACCCUUUUCUUGGUACCUAGAAAACAUCUAUCCGGACUCCCAGAUCCCAAGACGUUAUUACUCACUUGGUGAGAUAAGAAAUGUUGAAACCAAUCAAUGUUUAGACAACAUGGGCCGCAAAGAAAAUGAAAAAGUGGGUAUAUUCAACUGCCAUGGUAUGGGAGGAAAUCAGACCCACACUUUUCUUCAUAUAAUCACCCAGUCUUGUCUCUCAGUGAACAAAGUAGCUGAUGGCUCCAAACAUCCCACUGUGGAAACAUGUAAUAAUAGCGCUUUGCAAAAAUGGUUCCUAAGAAACCAUACAAGAAUGGAAGUUUUUAGAAAUAUUUUUGGAAAUUCUACUGAUUAUAUUCUCUAA